GGUCCCCAUAAGCAAAGCUGAAAAGAGUUUUCUAUUGACACACAAGAACAAAAGACGAGGGGGAGAGAGAAAGAGAGAGUAAAAGAAAAUGGUGCAAGAGGAAAUCCGAAAGGGUCCCUGGACAGAACAGGAGGAUAUCCUUCUGGUGAACUUUGUUCACUUGUUCGGAGAUCGGCGAUGGGAUUUUAUUGCCAAAGUUUCAGGUUUGAACAGAACAGGAAAGAGUUGCAGGUUAAGGUGGGGUAAUUACCUGCACCCUGGCCUCAAACGUGGGAAGAUGACUCCUCAGGAAGAGCGUCUUGUCCUUGAGCUCCACGCCAAGUGGGGAAACAGAUGGUCGAAAAUCGCCCGGAAAUUACCGGGACGAACAGAUAAUGAGAUAAAGAAUUACUGGAGGACUCAUAUGAGGAAAAAGGCUCAAGAGAAGAAGCGUUCCACAUCCCCAACUUCCUCAUCGUCCAACUGUUGCUCAUCAACAGUCACAUCUGCUAAUACUCAAGACUCGUUGCUGUCUCCGGACUCUGGAAAGGCCAGCUUUUACGACACUGGAGGUUUCGAUGGAAAGCUGAAUCAAGGAGUGGAAGGCUGUGAAGAGGGAUACUCUAUGGAUGACAUAUGGAAGGAAAUUGACCAGUCUGAAGCAAACACCAUUAAACCGGUACGAGACUUCUACGCUGAACAAAGUUGGUUCUUCAAUUGCCUUCCUCUGGCUUCUCCGGCAUGGGAGAGCCCCUUGGAUUCUAUAUGGAACACGGAAGCAGAUGAAAGUAAGAUGUCCAUUGCCAUUGACCAGUUCCCUCUCUGUCCUGAAUACGGUAGAUCAUCAUCAUCAUCAUUAGCAAGCUAGUUAGGAUUCUAUUCAUUUAAAAAUUUGUUUAUAGAUGAAGUGUAUAUAUAUGUAACAACUGCAAUAGUUUCCAUACCAUACAUCAAAAAACCCACUGUAUAACCAUCUCAUCUGCAGUCAGCCUAGAUGUCUGUGUUUGCUCUGAUAUGUUUACUUUCAAGUGUGAAUGGAAAGAAGCCCUAUCUAGCUCUCUGUUUGACAAAAGAGACGAUACAUAUGUUCAUGAAUACAAAUGUCUGAUGCAAAUUGGACUUCCAAUGCUCAA